AUGUGGUAAGACAACUUUACUCAACAAAAUUUGUAAUAAACAUUUACAAACUUAUAGUGGGGGAUCUCAAGAUACUAAAGAACCAAUGAUAAGUCUAAGCGCUUAUGGGAAAGGAUUUCAAUUGUUAGAUACACCUGGAUUUGAGGCUUCCUCUUCAAAACUAAAUAAUUCCAUCGGAAUCCUAAAAUCUCUAAUUGAUAAUCCUAUAAAUUAACUACUUGUUGUAUUAAGAUUAGAAAGAUUGGAUUUUUUGUUAUCUGAAUUGUAAAGGGUUGUUAAAAUAUUCAAAAGAUAUAAAGACAUUAUUACAGUUGUUAUUACUUUUUUUGAUUAAUGUGAAAACCAACAUUAAAUUAGAGAAAACAUCAUUAGACAUCUAAAGAAAUUAAAAGUAGAAUCAGUGAUAUUUAAAUGUCAGAAUACAUCAGGAGAUGAACUUUGUCGACAAAUUGAUAGUAGAAAUACUAAUUCAAAAUAAGGAAGAAGAUUUUAAUUA